AGUAUCUUAUUAAAGCAGAAGGAAGAAAGCUGGGAGAUUGACUUGGAUAGAUUAAUGGUGUCUGACGUAGUACUUGGAGAGGGAGAGUUUGGAAUUGUUAAUAAAGGUAGCUACCGGGGACAAGAUGGAAGGAUCUAUGAUGUCGCAGUAAAGCAGCUGAAAGGUACUAUUAUAAAUGAAUGAAAGGCACCUAAUUUGGUUGAUAUGUUUUUUUUUUCUUCAUUUAUCAGCCCUACUUUUAAAGGAAUGAGUAGACCUGCCGCAACGAAACCUGUGUUGCAGAAGAAAUGUACACAAUGUACAUCAAUAUAUUUUUCUUGCAUUUACUUCUUUGUGUCACGCCUUCUUAUUCUUUUCAAAUGUCCUCUCCUCUCUCCAGAUGGUACAAGCAUGGCAGACAAAAACGAUUUAUUAAGUGAAGUAAAGGUGUUAAAAAAAGCUGGACGGCAUCCAAACAUCGUCAGCUUAGUUGGCGUUUGUACUCGAGAGGGUAUGUUUUUUCCUAAUCUGUAUUUGUUGCAAUGAAUACUCGGCUCCUUCUUCUUUAAUCUGUUUCUUUUUUAUUUGUUAUUAUUAUUUCAGAGAAGAUUCUUGUUUUGACUGAACUGGUUCCGUAUGGUAGUUUAAAGAACUUCCUAAUAUCAAAACGAAUAGCAUGCGUUUCUGGUGAGGAGAGUCGUUAUGUAAAUGUACGUUUUGGCUUAAACGACCGGACGUUACUUAAAAUCGCGUUUCAAAUCGCUUUGGGGAUGAAAUUCUUAGAAAAGAAAAAGGUAAGGGAAUAUACGUGUAAUACCUUUUUGCGUGCAAAUAUAAUACCUUCUUUCCAUUCUCAAAACGUGCUUACCUCUUUGUAAUAUAUCUUUUAAUACAUUUUCCUGUACCUUAGCACUUUCAGCAUAUGAAGGGAUGGUUAUUCUAGCAGAUAUUCUUCAUAUACAAGUUGUCAUCCGUGGAGUGGUAUUUUUCUAUAUUCUUCCUCUGGAGCCGUCUGUCUUUGCUCUGUCUAUAUUAUUACGAGCGACUUUCUGUAAAUACCACGGAUAGGCGAGCAAGAGGGAAAAAUCGAAAUCCCCCAAACUUUGUCACAACAACGCUGUUUGAAAACUAUUUUAGAAAAUACAAGAAUCAGUUCGUUUGACUUUAUGUUUUCAAAAAUAAACAACUUUUCAAUGUUCACCUUCGAGAGGCCUUUAAACCACCGAAAUACGUGCUUGGCAUCCUCGUCCCUUCUUGAAUGGAAACGGAAACUAAUACCGUGAGUUUUUUAAUAUAAAACAACUUUAUGAUCCUUCUUUUGUAUCUAAACGUUGUUACAGUUUCAAAAGAUUUCAAUCGGAUUUUUUAAUUUUUUUUUCAAAAUUACCCUCUAAAUCAAUAUUAUCGCGACCAUCAAUAAAACGCGGGGUCGACACUAACCGUAACCCUAACCCUAAAACAGCAUUCUUAAAAAAAAAAAAAAACAAAUAGAACCCGACCCCGGCACUGACCCCGAUCCCGACCCUGCGUUUUACUGACACCCAUCUCAGAGAAAGAGCAAUGCUUCUCCUAUCAAUCUGUGAAAUAAAAAUUUGGGGCAAUUGAAACUGCGAGUGAGUGACAACUGAAAACAUUUACGCUUCUCGCGUGAUCUACAACCUUUGAAUUUGUAGUUUUAUUGGUGAAUACAAAAAAUUGUUCUAGACUUCACAAUAGCAAUCAGUUUUUCAAAAGGAGAAGUAAUUUUAGUGUGCGAAAGUGGGCUAUGAACACUUCCGUUACGUGCGUAUUUGUUUACUUUUACGGCAUUUGUAACAGUUAUCAUUUAUUUACAAACUAAACGACUUUAGUGUCGUUAACUAUUCUUUAAAAUGCCCUCAUUUCUCGUGAGACAAAUCGUUAUAGCUAUAAAAAAGGAAAAAACUUUGACCUACCUCACGUUUAUUGACAACAGACCCGAAGCCUUUAGCGAAACGAGAUUGAGUGAUAAAGAUCUUUGAGACGCAGGUUUUUCCGUGAAGACAGAUACCAUUCUGAAAAAGAACGUAACGCGGCACCUUCCGUAACUAUAAAAGCGAAGCAUGCAGAUCUUCAAAAUCCUUAGUUUCAUUGAAUUAUCCGUUAGAGCGACCCUGAAAACGUAACAAAAUAUUUUCCGCAAGAGACUAUGAAGUGCAGGUAAGCCCUUACAGUCUCUUGUUUUUCAUAAACGCCUGCUUAGACUUUCAAGCUGUUAAAAAAGCCUCUUUUACAACAGUUUCGUUUUGAAAUACGAUUAUGAUUUCCUUACUUGUAUUCUUAGAAAAAUGAAAUUGAGGGGAGAAAAGUGGUAGGUCGUAGUUUGAACUGACAUUCGUCUUUUCGCCCCACCCCCCAGUUUUGGCAAUCUCGAGCAAGUUUUGCAUUUCUGGGUAACGUUUGGGCAAAAUGUAGGCUUAUGGCACAUGCCAAGCCAGAAAAAGUGAGCAAUUUGGUGGAAACUAAUGUCAAGUACGCCUGACAGGGGACUGGGUGGGGAGGGGAAACUCUCGAAUGGAACUAAGGGGACUUAGCUCUAAGCAUGCAGCCUCUGUUUUAGCUGUGCGUUUGCCUUAGCAAUAAAUUUCGCCCAUACUUUCAAGCAACUCUUUAAAGAAGAUUGUAGGAGACUAUGAUAGAAGUGGUAAGCCCUCAUAGUCUCUUGUUUUCCAUGAACGCCUGCUGAUUUACAUUUUCAGCUGGUAAAAAAGCCUAUUAAUUUUAAAACGUUCAGUUUCGUUAUGUAAAUUAUGGUGAGCGGACCUUAUAUUGGUGUACGAAGUUGUGAGCUCACACUUGUGGGAGAGAAUUUUUGUCCCCUUCGCACUGGGCAUUAGCAGCGUACUACGCAUGCGCAUUAAGAGAAAACGUUUGAAAACGUUUGUUUGAUGACGGAUCUCAUGUUAGAAGACGAGGACUGUCCAACAACCUAUCAUCAUCCCACCAUCAACCCACCAUCAACCCACCAUCAACGCACCAUCAACCUACCAUCAACCUACCAUCAGCCUACCAUCAACCUGACAUCAACCCCACAUUAACCCGAUACUUUAAGGAUCUCAUGUUAGAGUAAAACAGUCACAUCAUUUUAUUACAUUGCAAAUCACAAGUUUAGAUUCAAGGUUUACAGAGUUUUAAGAUAUCUUUGGCAAUGGACACACAACAAAUCAAAGUCUCCAAUGGUAUUAUUGUAAAUGAUUGUCUUCUCUGUUUCUCUCUUCUUGGUUCGAAUACGUUGUUUCAGGUCUUCAAUCUUUUUCUCUCUAAUCUGUAAAAGAGUUCGCAUCAUUGCCUAGACAUGUUCAAUUCCCUAAGGACUUUAUCUUUUCUGUCGCAUACGUGUCAUAGUAAGAAAUAGCUUUUUCACAAACAGCGUCAUAUACUUGUUUGUUCCAUUCAAACAAGAACGAGUUUAACGUUUCAAAGUUUAGAAUCGAGAUUGGAGAUGUCUUCUACAAUGAGGUCAUGCAUAAACUCUUGAUACCCUGGAACCUUGGAAGUGUCUAUCGCUUGUAGUAGUAGUUGGUCCAUCUCAUUAUUACUAUGGUCCAUCGGGAAUGAAGGCUUGUUGCUUCACACAAAUGCCAUUUUUCAUACACUAACAAGUGUUUUAUUGAAUUCACAGGAGCUGUAACAAAAUGAUACUUGUAGUUUAUCAACCUAUUACAUAAAUAACGUUUAGUUUAAUAAUGUUCCCAUCGUUUCCUGUUCCGCAACCUGGCCACCAUGGAUGUUCUCGCCUUCCGUUUAUUAGAUGAUUUGCGUGUUGAAUCAGGCGGGAUAUCCAACAACAAAGGGAGGGCCAUUUCCUCAGGUGAAAUAAAAGGCAUCGUUUCUAUUCGGCGAGGAAUUUUCGAUUCCACUGUAGUCACAGGUGUCGCGGGUAGUUUUCUUGGCAUUUUUGUAGACUUUGAUUGAGAUGUAUUGAGGUCUCUUUUCCUGGACGCCUCUGCAGGUGUACCUUCAUCUGUUUUGCCGGAUGUCUCUGUAGCAGGCAAAGGAUCUGGUUUGGGAAGGACCACAGUCGGUUUUAUCGCCGACUCCGUUUUCAUUUGUUUUGUCAGUCCUUGAUACCGCUGUAGAAGUUGAUCCAACAAGAGGACUUUUUGGUCUUCUUGUAAAGGAGACUCUAUGAUUUGCUUCAUGUCUUGAUCUAAUCUCGUCAACGUUGCAAGUUGAACAGGAGCAGUUAAACGCCCUUCUGUCUCCAUGCUCUGUAAUAAAUGUUCCGGUAUAAUCACCAUCUUUUGAGCGUGCUUCAUUUGAACACUUUACCCAGUAAAUCAACAGCAAGGGGUGCAGCCAGAGCAGCAAGGGCUGAUAAAAAUCCUCCUUUUUGAUUGAUCACUUCCUUCUUCUGUUUAAGGCUUGGUUUCUUGCGGGUCAAAUAGAGGAGCUUUGACUUGUGCGGUUUCAAUAGUUUAAAUGACGAACUCGGGACUAUGAUGUUGCCUUUAAGAAGAUUCAGGGUCACUUCCCCAAUAGCUUCCAUCUGUCCUCUAUUAGCAUGGGCUAUCAUAUCUUUUCGUUGCUUUCCAUUGCUUUCCAUUGCUUUUAAAACACGCACAAAGAAAGGGUAGGUGUUGUUGGAAUUUGGAUUGUUUGGCAAUACUUGACCGCUUUCGUUUUGUCCCUCUGGUCUGAGUCGUAGUGCCAGAACGUAAGACCAUAUUGCCGCCGCGUUGAUGAACAACUCUUGACUUCACUGUGCCACUUGCCUUACACGAAGGCAUGGUGCUAACUGACGUCGACAGUUAGAGGUCCGUCUGUUUUAUGGGAUUUCUUGUUGACGUAGACCACAGGCAAAGAUUGUGAGACAGGCAGUAUGUUGCUACGUAAUCGUAGGAUAGCCGGUGUUCGCGGAUGUAAAUACAACAUGAGAUAACCAUACGGCUACGAGGUGGCAUCUUGAAAACUUUCCAAUACGUAAGGAACGUGCCGUGCAAAAGCUUGUUGAGCCAAUGCUCGGAAACCCAAUGUAUCACGAGGAUUAUUAAAGGCAAUGAUGUAUUGAGCAUUGAGAGAAAUACUUCUUGAAAAUUUUCUCGGUGGGAAAAGGUUUUGUGUCAAGUAGAUGCAGGUGACAUCACAAUGAUGAGACACUUUUGUGAACAGGUCCAGAAUACGUUCGUCCUCGCUACAAUUCCUCAUUAAAUCAUCCAACACGAGUAUACCUGGACGACAACCCAUUGGAAAUAAAGCCGGAAUAUCUUCAGGAAUACCCUCUACAAACGUAAUCUGUGACUCCAUGUCCUGAAAGCAUUCUUGUCACUGCCCAUAACAGAACACAAUUUUACGAAUAGGUCUUUCAAACAAAACGUCUGCAUACUGAAGUAAUAGUUUUUUGAACGUCGUCUUUCCACAUUGACUCGGCCCUGCGAUCAUUACACUGCGCGGGCAUUUGAACUGAGCCAUGCUGCCCACACAGAACGAAAAGCCAACUGAUGUCAAAGUUACUGGUGCCUUUCUCUUUAUAGGGGUGUAUCUCAAGUCCAAAACACAAAAUAAACACAUCAUGUUCAUUUUAAACAACACUUUAUUGAUUCCUUACGCCAACAUUUGAAUGACUUACAAGUUUGUUCACUCUGAAAGAAUGGUGACCUCUGCCUAACACUUGUCAACGAUUUUACAUAGCUGUGAACAAAUGUGGCUACUUGUGCAUCAUUCCACUGUGUAUCAUGCGACCUAAAUUUAGCUUGAAGAGCGUCCAUAUCAACAUUAUGUGCUCGAUGAAAUAAAUAAAAUAAACAGUAGUCUCCACAAGUGUCUGAAGUAAGUCCCUGGAACGGUUUGUUGUUGUAACGCGUAACAUCUCGCUCUUUGUAUCCAUCCAUGCCAUAGGUAGCGGGAGGAAACCCGGAACUGUCAAAGAAUUCAUUUUCCCACGGAGAAAUAAAGUACAUGGCCACCCAAUGUGUCCCGGGCUGAUCAUGAGGGUCCGUAUUUGCGAUCAGUCCCGAAGGAUACUUGUUAACGAUAGGUAACUUGUCUCUUGGGAAGACACCUUGCAUAACGGGAGCUAAAAUGGGAUCUUGUAGUGCCGCUUGCCAUAGCUCAAAGGUGGUAUGCAUCGUUUUGUCUUUAAGCACCCUGUGACAGGUCGUACACCACACGUCUGUUACGAUCAAUUUCCAACUGAUUCUGGAAUUCUGCGUACACAAUUAAAUUGAGAACUGCAUGGGUGUCAGUGCCAAAUUUUAAAUACAAGUUGACAUUUCCGCUGCGAUUAGGAAUCAGAUGAUCCGGAUGGCCACUUCCUGCUGGUGUUGUGUCCAAGCGAAAUAAACUAUAACCCUGCUCCCAUUCUUCUCUGUCAAUGUCUAUACCAUGACCACAGUUCAUAUCACCACUGCCUGAGAAAAGUGUAUUGUAGCCAUCGAUUUUCUUGCCACCUAUCAAGUCGAUGCCUGAGUAAGGCAUUUCUUCUCCAUUGACUGUUAGACGAACAGCAUUCAGAUCAAACAGUUGGAAGUUGAAUGGGUUCCUCCCCAAGUUUCCAUUGUAAGCAUCGUUUCGCAUCAUUCCAAAUAUGAUGCAUUGGGGGAUGAGACCUUUGAAUAGAUCGGUCUCUGUGUGAUUUAAUACUCCUCUGGUAAUGAUCCUAGCAUGCGUAGGGGUUCUUGUUAGUGUGUAGAUUGCAGGAAGUGCCCUCUGACCCGUCAUGGUGUUUACGUGAUCCAAUUUAGUGCUGUCUGCCACAUGAACAGUACGUACACGGAGCGUGCUUGACACUAUUUGUAACUUGCAGUCGUUGGCAUCUUCACCACCCAUCAGACUAAAUUCAGUGCUGUUAAGAUCUAUCUUGAUUUUGAUUUCCAAUCCAUCCAACAGUAACUUGUCAAGGUUGAAUACAUCACACAGGGGUACACCAACCAUUCCAACUUCAGCAUCUCCAGUGGUAAAAGAACCUCUCUUUUUUAGACCCAAAUUUCGAUCUGUUGUAUUAUUCACCUCAUCCAUAUGUCCAGCAGUGUCUUUGUAGUACAACGCUUUUGUCAGGUAAGAUUUCUUGGCCUGAUCAGUAAAGUUAAGCAAGGUCUUGAUAUAAGCAUUGUAGGCUUGUGUGUCUGAUUGUUCUGUGACAAGGGUUUCAUUGAUCUUGAUAGUGAACUGUUUGAUGAUAGAAUGAAGAGCGUUGUUGAUCAACGUAUAUUUCUUCCCAGCUCCUGUCCCUCCUCCGUUUCGUUUUGUAAUUUUUACCACCAGACGAAGUUCAGUCUUGUUAAUGUCGAUGUAAUCGGACAGAGGUUUGAUCACAAAUUCUAUGGGAUUAGUGCCACUCUGAAUUGGUUCAUAGUCCACACAUUUACUUUUGACAAUAGAAACAUCGGUGACCAGCACUUCGAAUAACCGCAAACUGGAGUUAACUCCUGGAGCAGAUAAGGGAUGUGCUGAAACCAUACUCGGUCAAAAAUAGUCUUGAACGUUGCUGACGAUGUUCUCGCUUUCUUGACUUGUCUUUUACUGACAGAAUUAGCUUUUUGGUUGCGUUUAUAUACUUUUCCACGCCCUUGUUGUUGCGUCAUGUCCCGAAAGGCCUCAGUGAAAAAUUGUUUUCCGGCAGCUUUUGCUCUCGUUUUCGCUGCUUUCUUCAGUGAUUGCCCAUUCAUAACAUCUUGAGCAAUUUGUACUCCUGUGUCUAAUCCAGUGGACAGUAAUCGUUUUCCCACUUUCUUUGCAGCGGUCUUGAGAAGAGGUGUUGCUGUUCGAAAGAGAGAACGAAACAUUCCUCCCAAUCCAUUUCCACCUUGACCACACGGGUGUGUUCCUCCAUAGAUACUAAUAUCUCCUUUACCUCGUUGCGCAAAAGGAAUCACAUAGCGCUGAUAAGGAUAAAAUUGGUGGUUCAUUGGUAGAAGCAUCUUACAGAAUUGUCCUUCGUCGAAAGUGUAAUGUUAUUCUGACAGCACCAGACGCAAGUGAUAUCAGUUGACCCGUGUCGCUUCUUAUAUUCAUUUCCACCGAGGAGAAAAUAGAUGUUCGCAAUCGAUGAUAGGUAGGGCGUUUGAUUUCGUCUGCUACUAUUUCACCCGACUGACCGCGAGGUAAUAUCAUACGCAGCAGAUUGGCUUGUACAUCGCCUACCACUAAGGACUCUAUUAGGUCAGAGUAGACGUACAUGGUUUGAAACGAAUGCUUGCUUAACAUUCCCCAUACCAAUUCGUCGUUUCGUCGUAUCGUGGUGGUGGUAGCUGUAAGGGUCACACUCUGGUUCUUAUUUAGUUGAACAGAUGUAGGACUACUGGUGCGAUAAAGGGCUGGUACGAGAUCUCGAUGGUUCAAAUACCCUAAAGCUCGAGCCAGGUUCUUGGGUAACAUCGCUUGAAAUCCUGUGGGUAAGUACAAUUCAAAGUAAUAUUUGACUUUUUCGUGAAUGUAGAAACAUUCUUUGCCUCCAAGACAUUUGAUCUUCUUUCCACUCUUGAUGUAAAUGUCUGGAAAGGCACUUUCUAAUCCUGUCACCAUACCACUGAUCAAAUCCUCGACUGUUCUGUAUGUGUCUCGGGGUAAAUAUGUUGGUAAGGUCCAUUCCUUUUCACCAUUGUAACGUAAAAGAUAGGACACCUGAUUGCUGUGUAUAUUUUCCCAAGUAUGUGGGUAAAUAAUAUGCAUCAUGGCCACUUCCCAAUCCCCACUCAAAUGCAGUUGACUUGGGAGUUGCAUUUUGAAACUGGAAGGUGUGUUCUAAGGAUACUGAUUAAUGCUUGCAUCACUGGCUACCACGACGUAAAAGCUACUACUCAUCUUGUUCUUCUCCGAAAAUGUAGUACAACGUUCACUGUUCCACCUUGAAAUGAUAUAGGCUGACCACAUCCACUUGUUAAAUAGAUGUCUUGGUUCUCAAGGGUAGAUAGAUUAUGUGUUCAGGCUGCUCCAUAACCGUCUGUUGGAAUGAACUGUGUGGUACUAUUUCGUGUAACAAAGACAGUCGUGUGUCACCGAUCUGCCAAGGCUCGAUCAGAUUCGUGUGUACUUGGACUACUCUGUGUUUACAGCGACAAAGAGAGACUGUCUGAGGUAUUUCAUAGGUACCCCGAAAAGUGAUAGAGUUACGGAUGGGCAGCACACACCACGUAUAUCCAAAAUCAUUGACCAAUGAGGGAUUCAUUUUUACACCCAUCGUGUCUACUUGACGAGGUUUGUUUUCACUGUUUAUCCAUCCAAGUGCUUGGGCAACAGGGGCUGUCACCAUUAUCCACACGUCUUGAGAUGUGAUUGUUAUGUUCCACUCAUUAUCAAUAGCUAUGUUCAAGUGCCAGGGUGUGGAGGCUUUGUUCGUGCAUUGCAUUCUACCACAUCUAAUGCUGUUCGAUACCGUCCGACAGAUAAGGUGAACUUUUCAAUGUGCUGACUUCUGAAUCGCCGCAACAUGAGAUGGGGGUGGUUGCAUUGGUGAGGGACUUCGAACCAAGAGAAUGGAUAAAUGACAUGAUGAAGUCCAACUUCCCAAUCUUCUUCGUCUGGUAAAUGAAUUUGAAGAGGUAAUGCAACACGGUAAUACGAAGCUGAGUUGGUAGGAAAGAAGUUCGUAUUGGCAUUACUGGGAAGUAUAACGUAAAAAUCUCCACCUGUUUCAUGUGUACUGUAAGGACACCAGCUGCUUAUAAGGAAUCCAACUAUCGUAUUUCUUGGGCCAGCCUUUCCAAUGAACCAACGCUUCUUUGGAAGCACCUUUUCCACGAUACCUUAAAAUUUUUUCAAUGCGAAACAAGUGAUCUGGCUUUCCUAGUACUUUCUGUAGCUCUGGCUCAUAAAAGGUGGAUUGAAUGAAAUCACCGUCUGCUUCCUUUAGGCGAUACACUGGAGGAUCUCGGGGUAUUGGUUGGGCAAUGGUAAAUGUCUCCUCCGUCCAGGAUGGCAGAUAAUUUUACGUUUACGUUCUACGUUUCCACAUACUAACCAGUCUUGAAACAUCAUUUCUUCAUAGGUGGGAAGAGCAACAUUUUCGAAUGCUCAUUGUGCAUUCUCAUUUACAAUCACUUGGGGUUCUGGUGCUUCUUGAACUGAUUCAACGACUUCCAUUCCGGUGGUCUUUUUUGGUUUCUUGGUUUUCUUUUCUUUAGGAAAGUACUAGAGGACAUUUCGUGAUUAUUACAUGAAGUACUAAGUGUCCUUAAGUCACGACUAAUACUACUUACUACAGUUUUCGGAUGAAAACUAUCGACUUUUUCAAAAAACUGGAACAUUUUUAGCAACUGAAGGUUUCUACUGAAUUGUUAUUCACUGCAAUUGAUGUAAGUUAUCACUUUACCUUGUAAAAAACAUUUUAUUAUGUAGUUUAACGCGAAAUAUAGUGACCGAGCACCCUAAAAGGGUAAAAAAAGUAAUUUUUUUCAGCAUCAUAACUUCUAUAAUCUUCUGAUGUCCUCGCCUGGCGAAAACGAUAUAACCUUUAUAAACUCGAUCGAUAGGCCAGCGCGCGUUGUUGUCGGUUAAGAAAUUACACGGUUGCAGUGACUGUCGUUUGCGUUUGGUUUCCCUCGCACUUUCAGUACCAAAGGACAAAUAAGUUAUACGAGAAAAACAAAGAGGCAGGAUGUAUUUUUUAAAAAAUAUUGAAUUAUUUCCUUUGCCGGUUCGCCUCUCGCUUCUAAAAUAUUUGCUUUGGGAAAAAUAUUGCAGUUACAGUGAGACCUGUAUGAAGCGGACACCCUCGGGGAAUGCUGUAGUGUCCGCUUAAUACAGGGUGUCCGCCUAAUAGAGGUUUCGAUAGAUAACGUCAUAUGAGGUGUCAAAUGCCAUUCAAAUGAACAGUGGAAGCGUUUAUAAUACUCCCAGAGACUAUGACGGUAGACGUUUGCAUUAAUUUCUUUAUUAAAGUGAGCCAAUUGAUCAUAGUACCAUAAACAUGGUUUGCAACUCAAAUUUGAAGAAAUCAGAUGAGUGAAACAAGCUCUACACAAACAAAACGAAAUAGAAUACAAUCCUGUACUGUGAAACUAGGAAAUAAGUUCGCCAAGUCACGUUUUUUAAUGUAAAAAUCGAAAAAUUUGUGGGUGGCAAUUCGACGCAAUCUUUUGCAUUUCCGGUGUCUGGCGUGUUGGGUGGUGGAAUUCAAUUACAAGUGUCCGUUUAAUACAGGUUGGCAACAACAGAAAUGGCCAUUUCAGGUACUUUUUAGGUGUCCGCGUCCGCUUAAUAGAGGUGUCCCCUUAAUAAAGGUUUCAUUUAAAGUAAAUAAGGGAAAUAAAUUUGGGGACUUCAGCUACUGUCCGCUUAAUAGAGGGUGUCUGCUUAAUACGGUGUCCGCUUAAUACAGGUUUCACUGUAUUGCUAUUAUCCGCUGACCACCGCGCAAGAUGACCGCUUUGCAACCAGUUGUGAGAACAUCGUUUCUCGGUCCCAGACCUUGUCUCUUCUCCCCGCCCCUGUUCCCCUGGUGGGGGAAUUUGCUUUGGAACAUGAAAGAAAAUUUAUAUGUUAACAAAGUGGCUACAUAGUUCAUCUCCGAGUAUAAUAACGUGUGCAAACUGCAUCGCGGCAAACCGCCUUCAGAGAAAGACUUCUCCACAAUUUUUUGUCGACAAAGUCAUUGCUCGUUCUCACCGGCCAGAAGUCUCUCAUGGGAGCUAUAACGGUACUGAUGUAACUCUGCCUUCGUGUCUGCUACUGCUGGCAAAAUUAAUCGUCUUGUUUAUUACGUACUCUGUCAGUGGCAAUGUUGAACAAAAUAUGACUUAGCUUUAUUCUUAUUAGAACCACGGCAUUAGAGAAACCUUUAUUUUCACAUUCAUAGAAUUUUUAGAUUUCACACAUUUAGGAUUUAUUGAUGAUAACUUGCAAAACAGCUUGAAAAACCGAACCCUUUCUACAACGUGUGACAUUACAACCUGGGUCAAGGACCUCAUGAACGCCCAUAUACUAUUGUCAACGCUCUUCAGUCUCUUCUUUUUCCUCAAUGUUGGCUGCGAAAAUGGGUCCACUCAGCUCAAAAAACUAUUCCUUAACAACAUUGGGAGAAAAGAAGAGAAGAAUUAGAGAGUUAAGUGUCACAAAUUGCAGUCUCGUUGUGUUCCUUUGUUUCUUCCGCUCGAAGCCGAAUCAUUUUAUGUACAUUUUUUUUUCUCGUCUGUUGCAAAAGCGACUGUUGUAUUUUACAAAUCAUAAACUAGAACAGAUGCUGCAGGUACAAAAUUGAUUAUUAUCCACUUGUUCAAAACGUUUUUCAGUUGUCGAAAAUAACAAUGUUGACACGUCAGUGCGAAAGUUUAAUAUCUCUUUGUCAUAUUCUUGAGACGAAAACCUGCAUAAUAAAAAAACGUUUUACUCAAAUGUAUCUAAAAAGGUUUGGCACAGAAUUACCUCUUGAGAAACCCCAGAAUAAAAGAGGAAUUUUUUUUCGGAAGUUUUUCAUAUUGUUUGAUCUCGGGGUUUUCCUUGUCUCGCUCGCGCGAGUUUUGUAUGCGUAAGAGAUCUUGCGUGGCUUGCUUAGCGCGCGGGUCAAGCUCGCUGUUAUUGGAAAAAAACUGUAGUAAGCCACCUUAAACAACUAUAAAGGGGAAAAUGGAGAGAGGCGGUGGUCAAGAAUUGAAACUUACCGUUUCAUACGACUUUUUUAUCUUCUAAGAAGUAGUCCAAAUAUUUCCGAAAACUUUUGUCGAUGAUCCAAAGAUCUUCGAACACCUUACGAAUUACUCUUUCGAUAUUUGGGUGAAUAAGAUAAAAGAAAGUUUAAUUCACAUCACGACAACCAAUAUUUUAAUAUUCCUGGAAGAACACCUUUAUGAAAGAAAUUGCACGAACUGUUUAAUAUUUACGCAACCGGAGUCCAGGAUAAACGAAAAUUGCAAAACAGGAGUCAAAAUCAAGAAAUUUUACAGCAAGUUGUCGUUGAAAGAUUUUUUUUACCCUUAUUAGCGUGGACAUAAAAAUAAAUUAUUUUGCCGCAAUUCCAGCUGAGUGAAUGAAAAAUAGCAUUAUUAGGGAGACUGCCAUUUUUUUUCUACUGAUUGCCAAGCGUGUGGCAAAGGUUGGCUUGAAAAUAACUUUAUCCUGUGUUUUAAUGAGAACUUACAACUCGCGCAUUUUUCAAUGCAUCUGUUUCAGUAAACGAUUCCCAGCCCUAACGCAGGCUACUAGCCCUGGACGCGAACGUUAAAGAAAAGCGCGUGGGUUUGGCUUGGAAAGCAAGAUUUGCCCGAGAUUAUUAUUAUUAUUACUUUUAAUUUGUCAUCCUUUAUUUACUUACAAGAAAGGUUGUGAACAGUCUAUAUGUAGUAUUGCCUUGAUUCAGGGCCACAUAGUAGCGUCAGGCACUUCAUGAAAAAUGGUAGCGUUGCUAUCGAAAAAAUCUCAAAAGGAACAGUUUUUUCGCCCUUGAGGUGUACUCCGAAGAACCAACAUAUCUGAGGUGAGCUUUCUGUGAUUUUCAUUCCCUUUUACCGAAAUAAAAGGUUAUGUAAAACCAUUCAGUACGGAGGAUUGCCCUGUUCCGUAAAGCUGUUGCAGUUGUUCGCUCGUAAUAGGAUUUUUAUGAAGGGUCGGCCCAACUUUCCCCUCCUACAUCAUUUGUUUGCAAAUAGCGUUAAGGACUUUGUUAGAUUUUUUGAAGGCUGAGUCGCCGACUAUCGACCAUGGCUUGUUGUUGGGAGGUUGUCUUAAGUAUCGGUUGACAGCUGCCCGGAUCGCUUUAAGAGACAAAACUUUGAACUCUGUGCCGUCCUCUCGCCUGACAGCAGCGUAAAACAUUGUGAGACAUUCAUUUAACUCUUCUUUCUUAACUUAAAACGAAACCACGUCAAAUGUUCGCAAUUUCGUCUAGUAAAAACAAAGUUAACUUACCAUUUAAUAUCUUCACUCCAUACUUUUAUUAGUAUUUUAUAGAAUGGAAAUGUCUAGCAAGUUAUCUAGAAACUCAUUUGAAACCUAGACAAAACGCGAAGUGGCCGCCAUUGUUUUGGUCAAUUUUAAAAAUCGGCGAAUUUCCCUACUCAAGGACUAAUAGCCCCCUGAGUGUAGCCAAUUAAAAUGCAGGAUUUGCAUUAGUCCACUCGUUAGGUGAUACUAAAUACACAUAGCCCUCGACUAUCGAAAGUCCUCUCUGAAACUAUCCAAAUUAAUCCUUAAUUGGAAAGUUUUUAGCGGGGCUCCCGCGCGCGCGAAGCGCGCGUGGGACAGAGCCCCAUACUCAUGGAAUAUGGUCAACCUCUUUUCGUUUGGUUGUCACGUGAUUGACCGAGCGUACGUACGUACGCGUCUACAGAUUGUAUGGGUGGGGUAGGGGAGACCAUCAAAAGGAAGGGACGGGUGUCUCAAGCGUGUCUUGGCAAGUCCACAUCUUUAAUAUAGGAUUUUAGUAUAGGACAUUCACAACAUGGUCAAUUGACAGCUGUCAAAACAGAAUAGCCACUGACCAGUAUCCCAUGACCAUAUCUCGGGUUCAUGUGUCAACUCAUCGAGGUGAUGUGAUUUAUUUGGAAGCUGUCCGCUGACCAGUUAAUUGUUUUACUAGGUCGCGAACAAUGUUCAAUCUCAUACUAGUUAAACUGUUAAUGCACACAUAUUGGACAUCAAUGUUUUGAUCAAUUGACAGCUGUCAAAACAGGGUACCCGCUGACCAGUAUCACUUGACCGUAUCGCGGGCUCAGGUGUCGACCCAUCGAGGUCAAGUAUUUUUUGAAGCUAUCCGCUGACAAGUUACUAGUUUUAAAGUGAUCGCAGGCUCAACUUCAAUUUUUUUCUAAAUUCAUAUGAAAUAUGUUGUGUUUAUGUGCUACACAAUUAAAAUUUUGAUUGUAAACUGACCUCGGACGCAAAAAUUCAGCCAGCUGUUACAGGCAGGGAAGACAGUUGGUUUUGACUUUUCUCACCAUGGUCACGCGUUGGUCACGUCCAAUUUUUAUGCUCUGAUUGGUCAAAAUUUGACAGGUGAGUUCAUGCGGAAAAUUUAUGCAGCAUCUUGAAUCUUGUUUACUUUGACAGCUGAAGCUGACAGAGUUUUGUGUCAACUUGUGAUGUUUUUAACUGUCUUUUUCCACUGGAUGUGCAAAAUGAAAUUCAGCUGCUAUCAGGAGUCUUCUGUUAUUCAUGGCUAGUUUGUUUAUUGGGUUUUGGGUUGAGGAAUACGUCGCUUAUCAAAGUCGGAAUCCGAUUUCGGAUAGCAUCGUUUUCGUUUUAAUCUUGCUUGAUGCGCAAGAGGAUUGCAAAGUCUGAAGCGAUACUGGCUUUUCUCGAUACCUUUCAGGGGCUGCAUCUCGAAUGGUAAGCUAGAGAAAUUACUGUAUUUGAUGUUUGUUUUUUGUAUCUAAUUUAAUGAAGUCGAGCGUAGUUUAUGCACGUUUGUAAGAUUUGAGACAAUGAUCUGACCGAGUAUCAGGUUUGAUAUAAGCUUACAGAACUUUAAAAAACCUUUAGACAGUUUCUCACCGCAAAUAGAAAGAAAACGUUCCAAAGAAUAUUUAGUUAUAAUUCUGGCCGGAAAAGAAAGCUUUGAGCGAUUUUCUUGCCUCGAGUUCGUCUUUGAAAAAAGCAAACACCGGGAAGCCGGCUUAAAACAUAAACUUAAGCUUGAAGCUUGAAGACUCAGGAUUUUUAGGGACACUUUAAUACUUGUCUUCCUGAAUGAAAAUUGUUGUCUCUGUAUAUGUUUCACCGAAUUAUAUUUCUUUUAUUGAUUGUUAGUAGUCUCUCUUACAAUUUUAAUGGCUGUGCCGAUUCUUUUCAGUCGUUCAGUGAACAUCGCUUGCAGGAGUUAUUCAACUCAAAAUGCCGCGCGUAACUCUGUUAAUGUUCAUUCAAACACUCGCCACAGCUCGCACUACAAAAGUGAGAACCGGAUGGCCGUAUGGGUGAUUUCGGAAAUUUUUUUAACAGUUUAUGAAUUUUGAAUGAGUGCAUUUUGUACUGUGAAAUACUGCUUUCUGUCCGAGGUCUGCCGGUAUGAUAAAAACAGUACCUCAUACUGCUGUUUCACCUCAGACGUGAUGUAUAAAUGGUAUAAAAGGUUGGUUUACACGCACCCAGAUUUGUUGACAAGAUUUUGCAAAGUAAACUUGUCGAACGCAAAAAAGUUGGCCUGAUUUUUUUUUCCACUAAUUAAUCUACGGUGAUCAAGAGCCAUUAUGGCUCUUAAAUGUGAUCGAAGAUGAUUACCAGUUUUUAAGUGUACAUAUGAGGCUAUCAACUCGAUGUAAGAUUUGGUUCACUCUUGGGCUGUUUGCAAUUUAUUUUUCUCUAAAAUCAGGUAGCCUUUCCCUCAAAAGUCACAUAAAUGUGCUCUAAAAUUAACUGAAUUGUGGAAUUCGAAUACAAGUUUAUUGUUUAAUUUAAAUUAUAAAUAAUUUAUUAAUGGGAGCCUCGUUGAAACGUGUAACUCGCGUUCAAUGCUCGUGAAUAUUCACUUUUACCAUUUUUGGAAACCUCAGUGACGGAUAUCCAUUUUCAACAAAAUGGCUGCCGCGUGAUCACCAUGCUAUACCUGCCAACUCUCACGCCUGCGGGUUGAAAACUUCGAUCUCACGCCCGCUCACGCCUGCGGACCAAUUUCUCACGCCUGAUUGAAAAAUGUGAGUUGUUGCCGUCUUGCUUGACACAAUUUCCAAAAAUAUGUUAACUCAGACCCAUGUAAGGAACGAAAACCAUGUGUAAAAUGAAUAAAUGACAAUACCUUCCUCGCGAUCUCUGAUUUUGUGGAUAAGCGUUUUCUCAAUAACUUCGCCUUCGGCAGACUUCGGACGUCUUCGGAAGACUUCGGACGUCUUCGGAAGACUUCGGACUUCUUCGGGAAUCUUCGGAAAUGAUCGUGUCGUUUUCAAAAAUCCCAGCACUCCCAGGAUAAAAAUCUCACGCCUACAUCUCAGAAAAAGUUGGCCGGUAUACCAUGCAGAUGUUUUAAGACAAGAGUUCUGCAUUUCAAGGUUAAAAAUACACCGGUAAAAGACAAAAAAUGGAAAGAGAAAGUUCAAAAGAAUGCUCCGCUUUCUUUUUGUGCAGGAAGGGAAGCUUUUCAUCAAGAAAUCGUCCUUCGAGGAAUUCAACCUUGUUUUCUUCACUGCGGAGCACAUGGUCUGUUAAAUGCAACCAAGGAAGCGAAGUUUUUACUGAAUUUUCAGGUACAUUUUGCACUCUAUGGCCAAGACAAUUACGUUUUUGAAAGGGAAUUUAUGUAUUUUUAAAUGUUUCAUAGACGUUUUAUAAAUUUUUCUCUUCGGCGCUAAAGAAAAAUUACAAAAUGUGCCCUGACUUGAGAUGGAUUUUGUGUUGAAUUUAAUCUGAGAUCAGGCCCAAUUUGAGCGGUUCUCAUACAUUCUCUCUAACGGCUACCGCUGAAAUUGGGCCUCUCUUUUCGUUUCGCCUUGCCCGCCGGAAUGUAAUUUUCAAAGCGAAACGAAAAUAGAGCCUGAUCUCAGGUUAUGUUGAAUUUUGCCAUGGGCUCAGCCGAUUUCACUUGCGUGAACGGAUCCACGAUCCAGAUAGUGUUUUCCGAAUUGCUUUAAAGGAUCAACCUUUUGGAUUCUGAAUAAAAAUUUUCAAGAAACGGCUUCUCUGUCUAUUGUGUUGACUUUGUUCAUUCAUAAAAUUAGCUCAACACACGUUCGUGACUACAACAUCCAAGCUGAAUUUAAGCUUAAAUGCUUCUCACAUUCAGUAAACGCAUCACUUUUUUGCGCAGAUGUCAGGUUCAGGUUUUGGACACUGAUACGCAGGUAAUGAAUUUUAUUCGAAAAUAUUUUUAACUGUUUAUUCUAGACUCUUAAUAUAAGAAUUUUAAAAGCCUAUUUGCAGUUUUUAGUUUAACUGUUCAGACGGUCAACGAGGCUUCGUUUUUUGAAGUGACAAUUUCAAGAAGUUGCGAGGACGUCAGUGGGUUUCACAAUGUUACGUUUCGCCCGGGUGGAAAGGCAAUAAUAUCUUGCUCAGUAUUUCGGUAAGAUUCCUGAUUUCAACCUUUGAAAGCUUUCUCGGUUUUCGGGAGUUUUUCCCCCGUUUAUAGUCGGCCAUUUUUUUAAGCGGGCGCAGGAACGUGAAGUAAAAUUACGUCACGAUUGGUCAGUUUCGAAAAUGAAUAAUCACGAGCAUCGAACAAAGCAAACAUAUGAGAGUGGCACGUUUCAACCUCGUAUGAGUUUCUGGUAAAAGAUAGUUUGAAGACCGCUAAGACCACGCGCAAUCCACGCGCGAUCCACGCGCUUCGCCCGUGAUAAGGUUACUUGAAAUACUUAUCUCCUGUUAACCCUCGCGAGGCUCGGCUUUUGAGUAGCGCUACUCAAGUACAGUGUCGGGCUUGGUUAGGAACUGGAGGCUCACCCGCCGCGAAUAUCCUGUCAUACAGGUCCCUCCUUUAUUCUUUCUUUUCUUCUUCUUCUAAUCCUCCUUUAUUCUUUCUUUUCUUCUUCUUCUAAUCCUCCUUUAUUCUUUCUUUUCUUCUUCUUCUCAUUCUUUCUGUGUUGUCUGGCUUAAUUUUGAAAUCUGUAUUGAAGGCGGAUCUGCUUUUCUUUUCUGCGGCUCUAAAUUCUGUCGGGAUCUAAAUGCACAAGCUCCUUGUCUUAACCUCUGCUCUUUUUUUUUUUUUUUUUUUUGGUCCUGUGCCCGUUUUGCUACGAGACCCCCCUAUCAAAACUUCAAUUCUAAUAUCUUUAGCUCUUCAGGUUUACACUUGAUCAGGAGAGGGGAGUAGGGGAGGGGCAGCACCUGGAAUUCCGAUUGCCGGAAGAAUUACAGCGUUUGAAUAACCAUCUCAAUUCGCUAAAGUAACUAAUUUCCUCGACCCACCUGUAAGUUUAAAAUCUGCAAGAGGCUUCCCUGACCUCGCUUCAUAGCAAUAGAACCAGGCAACGAGCUACGUAGUUCCGCCAUUAUGAAAGUCGUGUACAUGUACUGCAUUGUUUGUCGGCUUUCGAUGAUGAAAUAGGAUCUACGCAACUCUCUUGCUACUGCUGCGCGUUUCCUUGAGUUUUGGUAUCGACGGCGGUAUUAUGACUAAUUGUUUGAAUCGUCAGCAAACUAAGCUCCUGAAUUGGUCCAAUGGGGAUUCCUAGGUUGUGAUACCAAGAAAAAUAUUGAGAAAACUGGGAUGCCGGAUGCAGCUUUCUUUCACCUUUUCAAUCACUCGUUAAAUAAGCAAAGCUGUGUCGUACUAUAUACGUAAAUUUUAAGUUUUUCGCUAAAUUAAAGGAUAUAAAGGCAUAGAAUAGAAGAGCGCUAUCAAAGUUUAACGUUAAGAUUAAGUAACAAAAUACUCCUGGAACACUCAAAAGAAAGUCUAAGGUGAAUGUGCCUUAUUGACCCCAGCAUUUGAUGCUCGCCACAGUCUCAAAAUUCGGUUUAUUUUUAAUUCGUUUUUUGAUAUUCUUGUCCACCCGCGAAAAUAUACCCACGAUCGACCUGCGAAAAUCCACCCGGAACCCGCGACAAUUCACCUGUGACCUGCGACAAUUUACGCGCCACCACGAAGAUUACACUCUUUACUCCCACUGAUGCUAUUCUAUCAGUCGGAUAAUGAUUUAGUUUGAUCAAGAGAGGACAAAGGAGACAGAGAAGGCAUCCCCCAUACACACCCUAUUCCAUAGGUAAUUCGUCUCGAGUUAUUUUUAGAAUCGGGAUAAAGUUACCUCGCGCGCUGCGUGGAUGUUUCGCGGAGGUUUCGCAUGACUCAACGCCGUGCAAAACAUGUCGGGCGAAAGGCAAUGAAAGCGUGAAGAGAUUGAGAGCAUUUCUGAAUAUUGAAGCGAAAUGAGUCGGCGCUCAUCUGGGACAAGGGAAUCGCUGCACUCUUUGACAACCCGUGAAAUCAGUUGAACUCAAAGUUGUCGUAACCUCAGUGCUUCGCCGGUCUAUUGAAACCGGUCGUUUGUAUAAAAAAGCAAGUAGGACGCCAAGUUUUAUUUUUGUUGAAUAAUAAAAGACUAAUAAAAGAAUAAAUAUCAAACCAGAAAUUGCUCUCUUCAAACUGUAAAUUAUAAAUGAUCCUGAGAGAAUAUUCAGUGAGUUAAGGAUUUCCCUGCUGUACUGUUAACUCUAUACAAGACAGGGAGGGCGAUUCUUUUUUAAUUUCCGUUUCGCUGACACAGCUUUAGCAGAAAUCUCUCGUUAGUCGUUUUCGCUGACAAAACAGAUAGCAAUAUCGCUCUCUGCGUCUUCCGCCAUUUUUUUCUGCGUCAAUUCGUGAAGGACGCGUGGCUCUGAGCGUGGGUGAUCCACGUGGAACACAUUCGCGCCAUGUGAUUGGCUGUUGUCUAAUCCCCCUUGGGAUCUAUGGUCUUAAAAAUAACUCGAGACGAAUUACCUAUGGAAUAGGGUGUGUAUGGGGGAUGCCUUCUUUGUCCCCUUUAUCCUCUCCUCGUUUGAUUUAUUAUUAUUUUGACAUGAUAUGUUUCGUAAACUGCCUAAAAUGAGUCUUUAUUUCAGUUUGAUGUAGUGUUAAACAAUGCAAGUUGUUUGUUUGUUGUUGUCGUUUUACAAAGCUUUUUUAAGUUUUUAAGAAUUUACUGAGAGGAAAGUGGAUGUCAGAUUCUAAUCUCAUGCAAACCAACAAAAAAACCGCUAAGAUUUAGCGCCGAAUUUUCCAUUUCUCUCCAUUACCAUUGGGCUUAUUAUAGCCCUCGCACCAAUCACUUUUUUCACAGUUAGGUUUCAUUAGUUCGAGGCUCUCCCCGCAUCUCUGUACGUUUUGAGCUUUUACCAGUAUAUUAUUUUUUAUCUUUGUAUCUUUUUAUUUCUUCUUAGUGCGUUCAUCGCGACCUUUCAUCUAGAAAUGUCUUCAUUGGAGAAAACCUCGUAGCCAAAGUUGGCGACUUUGGAUUGGCACGUGAUAUCUCAGACUAUGGUAUUUACACCAAAAUAUCCUGUGUAAGUACAUGUGGGUUCGGGAACCGCUUUGAACUGCACAAUUUUGGGACAGCCGAAAUUUUCAACUGUAAAUCGAGACACCAUAAGAAUGAUAUACCGUGAACUGCCGCUUAUAAGCCCUGGGCUUAUAUAUCUUCGUAAAGGGUUUUAGAAGGACUUAUAAACUGAGGGGUUUAUAUCCGAGGGGGGCUUAUAACCGAGGGGCGCUUAUCACCGGACUAGAACAAGCUUUAUAACAUAACUAGAAUGUUCGCCUAAUCAAAUUUAAUGGCGCGAGCGUGCUCCAUAUUCCCAUUGAGCACACUGAUGACGUCAAUAAACUAUACCUCAAGUCUUUGUGACCAUCCUCCCAAGACGUCUCCCAAUGCAAGUGUAUACGCGAUGAAGCGCUUACCAUGUAUUUCAUAACGUAAGUUUAAGAGAAAACUUUUGAAUUUCUUAAUCAAUAGUAGGGAAAUUAGGUAUGUGUUGUUGUUGUUGUUGUCAUCUGCGCGAGCUGUGCGGGCUAUGGCGUGUGCAAAUCAUUCUUUGCAAAAAUCUUUCUCUCUAGAAGAAUUUAUCUUUGAAUUAAUAGUUUUUCGGUACCCCAAUGUGGAUUUUUCAAUCUUUUGUAAUGUUAUCUUAAGUGAGUUGAGUUAAAUCUCUCUCAGUUUCAAGAUAAGCUUUAAAACAUAACUGUCAGGUAAAUAUAUAUAUAUAUAUAGUCACGUAGACACUGACGCGCGCUACAAUAAUAAAAUUUUAAGUGAACUGCUAUAUCGAUCGCUUUGAUAAUGUUAUAAGAAAAUUAGUUCAUGCUUCAACUGUGCGUAUGUCGAGGUGUUGAGCACUUGGGAAGUUUGGAGAGCACUCGAGAGGUUAGAGUUACUCUAAACUCUUACGCCUUUUUCGUGUUCUCUAGACUUCCCGCGUACUCAAUAUCACGAUAUAUGCACGCUGUUGCAUGAACUAAUUGUUAAAUAACAGUGCUGAUAAAAAUACGUUUAUCAUUUACUGUCUUUUUUAAUUAAAGUGUUAUAAUAAAUCGAAUUCAUUUCAAAGCAUUUGGAAGAGAAAACUCACAGAACGAACAAAACAGGAACAUAACAAAUCUGAAGUUCAGACUCCAUCAUAAGUGGCAAAUACGUACUGUACACAAACAAAGCCUUUCGUUAAGCCUGUUAACUCAGUAUUGUACGGAAACUGUAAAGCAUUGAAAACUUACAGAAAUCCUAAAAAGUGCUUGCUAAAACAGGAAAAAUUAGAGAGGGGUUUACAUCCGGAGGGAAUUAAUAUAUAACAAUUAUUCACCGAAGUGGAAGUGGCUAGUAUUGGAUAUUUACCGAGGCCGCGAAGCGGCGAGGUAAAUACUACUACUAGCCACCGACACUGAGGUGAAUAAUUGUUUUAGUAAAUACUAAAACAGUGAGAUAAUUGAGCACAAAAAUGAUGAUUUUUAACUCAUUUACUGUUGCCAACGAUCACAAUUUUGGCGCGCCAUUACCGAACGGUCGCGGUCGGCGCUUUUUCUUAGCGACAAAUAAGACUUUUGAAGGCGUUUGUUUCGCUCUUGCCGGGAAUUUUUUUCAAAAGCGGUUGUGAAUUAUUUUUGUAUUUAAAAUAAUUCUGUAAAAAAGAUUAUUAAAUUCAGUUUUAAGCUUAUUUAUGAACAAGUCAAGUAAAUAAAGUAACGCAAGACCUAAGCUUAAUUUGCAUUUGUAAACAAAAAACUUUUUCACCGGUUUUAUCGAUAAAUUCAAGUCAAAAAGACAAAGCUUUACCAGUUAAAACUUCCAAACCGAACUUCGUCACCUUCUUCAUGUAUUUCGGAAAUAGCUUGCUUGAUUAGUUGUGAAAUUUCUUAGUUUAUCACGGCAGCAGGCCGGGAAGGCAUUUUGCUCGCAACCUACGUGAGUUUGGCGUCGCUCGCUCGGAGGAACUGGAGGUGAAUCAGUGAAUAGUGCAGGAUAUUCACUGAUUGAGUAGCCAAUCAGAGCGCGCGAAAAACACUAUCCACUGUUUUAGUAUAUACUAAAUAGAUUUAGCCAGGGCUAAAAGCGAACAAGGGAGGGGGGGGGGCUCUUAAGGUAUUCCCUUCAACUUCUACUUUGCGAUUUUUUAGUAUGUAAUAGGGAUGCCGAAAGGACAUGAUCGCGGGCUAUUCAAAUUCUAAAGCGAGAAUCUUUCUCUCUUCUGUAGGGCAGAGUACCUUGGAGAUGGUUAUCCUUAGAAUCGUUAAAGGCCCAAGUAUAUACUGCCAAAAGUGACGUGUAGGUUUCCAAACUGGUUUUAUCAAAGAUCAGCUGCGAUACUUAAAGCAAUGAUUUUUGACUUCAUGUUUUUACAUACCGUUUAGUCAUAUUCGAUCGUGCAUGUGAAUGGAUUUAUUUGACUUGUAUAUCUUUCUGUUUCUUUCGUUUCCUUAAAGAUGGUCCUAUGGUAUUGUCUUGUGGGAAAUUGCCACUUACGGUGGGUAUCAAAUAUUAGCAAAUUUUUAUCGUGUUCUCAUAGCUGUUUCCUAAGCAAAAUAAGUUGUUAUCUUGGUUGUUGUUUUCAGGUGAGGAGCCAUACCCUAAGAUAGAAACGCCAAUGGAUCUCAUACUUUGGCUCUCCAUGGGGAACCGGAUGUCCCGUCCGGAACAUAGCUCAGAGAAACUGUAAGUUCGCAAAGUAACGUAACUAAGUAGUAUAGCAAAUUAGGUUUCUAGGAGGGUGGAUCAUGCGGAUCCGAUGAUGGUGAUUAACAUAUGGAAAUUGUGACAGGUAAAUAGUGAUGUCAAAAGAUAGAUGCAUGCUGUUUUGAAAUCACUCAAGUUUAAAGGGGAUAACUGAUAAUUAUUUUAAGAGGGCGUUUUUUCUUUUAAGUUUCGUAGAAAGCGGAAUGUCAUAGAGCAGACCUUCAAACGUUGUUAAUUAAGUUAAUAGCCCUUUUGUUUCCUUAGAACAAGUUCGAGGAAGGGUCGAAUAUAUUGAAUACAAUUCUCGGUUCCAAAUGAUUCGAAUUUAAACGAUUGUCGUACUUUCUGUCACCCAGCAUUAAGCACAGUUAAGCAAAAUAGUGUGGUAUGUUUAAAACCGAACGAAAUCGUUAUACUGAGGCUUUGUUUUGAACUUGAGACAAAAUAUUUGCCGCUGCAUUCUAGUUGUUCGAUUUCAACUUUGCUUUCUCUGGACCAAAAUUUUCUCCCAUUCAAGAUAGCGACCUCAUUGGUAAAAACGUGUUCACAUAAAAAGUUUAAGAUGGCGACCUCAUUAUUAAACCCCGCUUCCAUACUAUUUCUCUCACUGAACCCGCCCCCCAUACAUUUACUACAACGGAUGCUCUUUGAUUACUCAGAGUUGCUCUUAUUAGCGCAAAGGUGCACGUGCCCACUCUUCACUCAGCGUUGCUCGGCGCUGCUCACUGAUUAUUCAGCGUUGCUUCGAGCUACUUUAGAGCUGCUCACAGUAGCGCUAAUGUGUAUACUAUUUACUCAGUGUUGCUCUGAGCUGCUCACUAUGGUUAUUUAACAUUGCUUUGAGCCACUUAGAGUUGCCCUGAGUAAAGCUCAAAAGGGGCUCACUGACCACGCAUUGUGGCUCUGAGGUAGUGACGUUGAUCACUCAGUGUUGUUUUGAGAUGCUCAAUGAUUUUUCACGGUUGCUCUGAGUUACUAAGAGUUGCCCAGAGUUAAGCUCAAAGGGGCUCACUGACCACUCACAGUGGCUCUGCCAUCGCUUUGAAAGUAAAGUAGUCCUGAGUGACUUAAAACUAAAUUAAUUAAACGGGGGAGUUUUGCGUGUCCACUUUCCAUAUCAAAUGGUCAUCGAAUUAAUAUGGCGAGAGAAUGGUACAUUUUAGCUAUUCUGUCCGAGAGCAUUUAGCCUUAAGUCUAACAGCAAUCGACACGAAACAGUGGGUUGUCCGAAACAAUAUAAUGGCGAUAGAAGGAAUACCCAAUUUUUUGAAUGAGGGAGAGGGCUUGCCGAGAAUAAGAGCUGAAAAUAUUGUGAGGAUGAUGUAGAAGAUGAUGUUAAUGAAGAUAAAGACGAGGACAACGAUGAUGAGCAGGUUUCAUAAUUGGCCGUUUAAGAACUGUUGUCGUAGUUUGCACUUCUCCUCCCUUCUGUCGUUUCGCGCACCUUCUGACUGUACAGCUCGUGUUAAUAAGGCCUUUAGGAUCUGGUGUACGGCCUUUGUCAUCCUCUCCCAAGCUCCUCCCAUAUGGCAUGUCCCAGGUGGGUUGGAGAUCCAUUUAAUCCCUCUGUAUGUACAAAACCCAUUGAUUCUUUGCUGAUACACUCAUCGACACAGGUCUAGCCCCAACUACUCAUCAGCUCUGGUAAAAUUCUUUCCACAGUCGUUUCGAAUUUGCUUUAGGAGACCUUUGAGAUUAAUGAAUCUUCUUAAGGCAUUAAACAUUGAGACUGUGUUCUAGCUGUGCGCAGCUUCGAUGUGUAUGGCUCGGAAUGUUGAUCAAGUGAAUAGACAACUAUACUGUUUCACUCUGCUUUCGGCCUUGUUUCUCUUAUGGACCAAAAACGUUCACUCCAAUAUGCGUGAACAAAGGUUUGUGCGGCGUAACUCCCUCUUGCGGCAAAUUUGAGAUCAAUUGUGGUCCCAAUUAAGCUUUUCUUUUCUAACAGUCUUCACUACCGUUAACACUCGCGCACUACAGAACGUCCAUUUACAAGUCCAGAACCUUUUCUGAGAGAUAAAAACACAGACCCCUGUCCAAUUAAUGUAACCUACUUUCUCAUGGCGAUAGGAAAAGCAAUUAUUAGUUCUGUGAUAUAGUCAUCCCUUGGACGAAUGAAAGGAUAAUAAUCCACCUCUCAACUUUUGGCCUAACUUAAAAUUUGAUGAGCCUUUCCUCGUAAAAUCCUUUUGGCUUGUCUUUCGUCCGACAAGGUAGCAGGUGCCUUAAAUACCGUAAAAUUCCGAAAAUAAGCCCCAGGGCUUAUAUUUUUCAAAGGUCCUUUUUGAGGGGCUUAUUUUUGGAGGGGCUUAUAUUCGAAGGGGCUUAUCUACGAAAGGAAAUUUGCGUCUCAAAAUCGAUUGGGCUACCGUUAUAGUUGGAAGGAAAUUUACCGUUUUUGCUUUGUUUUACUUUGUAUUUCAGGGCAAUUUCCAAGUACAAGCCCCCCGGGAGGGCUUUUAUUUUGGAGGAGCGAUUUAACGGAGGGUUUUUUGCGUUACGAGUUUGGGGGGCUUACAUUUGAAGGAGCUUAUGAAUGGAGGGGCUUAUUUUCGGAAUUUUGCGGUAUUUCUUUUUCAGCCUAAUAACGUUCUUCCACUGUAAGACUCCCGUUUAAAAACGCUCUGUUACUAAGGAUGGCGUACUGGUUUUGACGCUUCCCUGUUUCUGCUCGUAAACUUUACUACAUCAGCCAAGUAAAUGCUCUUUUUAUUUUCCACCACAAAGAAUAUUGAUAUACGAACUUGUCAAGAGGAUUCUAAGAAGCAGUAGUGGCGUAAAUCUUGCUUUUUCCUCUUACUUUGGGUCACUAUGUAUCAGUUCCGGGACUUAAAAUUAUUGCAGGCCAGGGAGCCUAGUACUUCCAUAAGGAAACGCUGGUCCAUUCAGCUAUCGACUAUUCUUCGUUAGGUUCUUCAGACCUUGAACCUUUUGAUGAAUCAUCCGCCGGAUUGUCAUCCCGACUGACAAACCCCUAGUAAGGCGGUUUACCUCAAUCAUGUGGAAGCGCUUCGUAUCACUAUCGUUGCAUUUCAGCACAGUUUCAGAAUCAGUUCAUUUUUAUUAACUUGAUCUAUCCUGGUCUCUAGCUCUUCUCGUAUGGUUGGCUCAGCUUUACUGAGUCAACUCCAAUCUUGGUAGUGUGAUUUCGUGUAUGGGACCCAAUCUUGUCUUUCCCAUAACGAAGCUACAAUGGAUUCUACCGGCGUUGAAAAAGCGCAGAUAGUCUACUGCUCCAUAGCCCACGCGAGAUCCAUCAGAGACGAUAUGCAGCUGAACACUCUUUACUGAAAUUAAUGAAAUCCUUAGAUUUCAGGCACCGUUAACAUAAGAUUUCAACUGUGGGAGAUCGUCAAACCAACGCGACCACUGCAUUUUUUCAGGUUCAUAAAUCAGAUUGUGUCAUCUUAAUUUCUCGCGGUAAAGCUCGUCUCGUAGUAGUAGCUUGGCUUUUAUCGUGUAGGGAGCUUAUAAAGCUCAGUAGAUCAAACAGCGAGCUAACAGUUGCUUCACCCUCUUUCCACGAGAUGUUGAAGCCUUUCAGCUGCCUUCCGCUUCUUCGUGCCAUUUCAAGCCAACUGCACACUCGGUUGACAAUUCUUGUAUGUCAAGAUUUACCAUAGAAACUGCUCUCUCGGUUUCCGGUAGUUCAGCUAGUACCUUUUGGUUACUACUUAUCAACUUUGUCAAUCUAAAUCUGCCCUUUGUUAGCAACUCUCGUUGCUGUGUCGAAAGCCUAAAGCGGUCUUUGGAAUAGUAGGUGACUUAAUCAAAUCAUCCACUUUCAUUUUUCUUUCCACGGUUUGGACUACGUCAGGAACAAAUUCCGUUACAUAAGUAGAAGCACUCUUCUUUAGACUGACGUUACAACACUGGACAGUGGCGUUGCACCAAUCUCACCGUUCGGUAUUCUUGUGGCUGCUCAAUGAGUUGACCGUCUGGCCACCAAAACAAUCUAAACACAUCAAGGCCCCUUGAAUCGAAAUACUAGCCUUGAUGAAGAUAUCGGUUCUAUAUGGGCUGCGAUGGUUAUCGGUAAUUGGUUCUCUGAUCCGUUGACCAGAAACGUCGUCGCUUGGAAGUUUUCCUCGUGUCAACUGAGUGUCCUUGGUAAACACGAACGUCAAUGAACAAUUAAUCUUCUUUCUGUUCGUCUAUUGGACCCAACAAUCAUAGCCAUAAUCAUAGUCCAACCAAAACUUUACCAGUCUUUAACUCGAGCGGCAGGGAAAGUGUCGGUUGUUCUUCAAACUUCUUCGUCUUCAAUUUUGGGAAUAUCAGUGCUCGUAAACUAAAUGAGGACAGCGAGCAAUGUCUCCUCCCUUUGCGAUGCAACUUGUUGAGUUUGCGUGAAACAGUCUUUACUUUUCCCCUGACUCUGCACAGUUCCACUUCAACAGAAUCAUCCAUCGACUUUACCACAAGAUCCACCAAUUUAUAAACCACCUUUUCCGAGCACGUCAUUCCUGUCAGCGUAAAUUCAAAUCUUUGCCUAUCUUAUUCAAGCUUCUUUGCUAAAAAGGCACAAUGUCACUUCGGAGCCAUUGUCAGGAGGGUAGUAUGUUUCAAUCACUCUAUCACCUCGUUUACCUCGAACCUUGACUUGGAUAACUCCAAGACACACCGGCGUUUCUCUGCGUACGGUAGCAGCUACAGCAAUUCCAUAAUCAUCACAGGCCCCAGUUUAUAAACCACGAACUAGAACAGACACUCCAGGUGCAGCUCAGAAUAAAUUUUAAAAAAGCAAUUAUUAUCAUAUCUCAAAACAAAGUAGGAAAUCAUGAUAUUCACGGCCAAAAAAAGAAACAACACACAUGUAGCUAUUCAGGUCGAGGCAUUUAGGAGAAAACCAAAGAGACUAAGGUUAUUAAGCCACAAUAAAAAAGCUUAAGGCUUCAACAGAGGUAAAACAAACUGCAUCCGUGAUCACAUCCUGUCAGAAACCAUUUUCCGAAACAUUAACCACAGUAACUAAUUACUCAAUAUGCAUGGAACAGACCAGCUUCAUAACCUCUAAAUGUGAGACUCAAAGCGGCAAAAAAAAAUUUGCUUAGCCAAAGUAUAAAAUACUCCAUUGUAUUUGUAUUUGUAUUUAUUUAUUUGCCACACGAUUACAAUAAUUACAUACAAAAAGAUGCCAAAAAGAAUGUAGUAAGAAAUGGCGGGGAGGCCUAAAGGAAACUAUAGAGCUUAUGCUAAUUAGGCCUCCUCAAUUACAAAUUUUAGAAGAUGGCAUAACAGUUACGGCGACAGAUACAAAAUAAUAUCAGGUGGAAAAUUAAACUAAUCAAUAUUACGGAAGUUUACAAAUGUUGAGUAUCAAAAGGCUUUUUCCCAAGAUUUUUGUUGGAGUAUACUGAUAAUUAUUACAAAUAAAUGCCUUAAGUGCUCUUUUAAAGGAAGAAGGUGAGGAACCGUUGAUGAUGUUGGUGUUUAAGGUGUUGUAAAAUUUAGGUCCUUGAUAAAAAACGGAAAAUUGUUUGGUUCGAGUACGACAGAAAGGCAGACGAAAUUUACACGAGUUUCUUGUAUUAUACGAAUGAAUUUGACUUUGUAAGGUAAAUUUACAAUGAAAUUUUAAAGGUAGAGUAUGGUUUUGAUAGGAGUACGUGAAUAAGCCUAGCUGUAUUAAGUAUAUAUCAUGAAAUUUUAAGAUACCAAGAUUUUGAAAGAUUGGAUCAGUAUGUGCAUCGAAAGUGGUUUUAGCUAUAGUUCUGAUCACUCGUUUGUGUAAAAUCUCAAGACGAAUAAGGUUAGUUCUUUAAGUAGAGGCGCAAACUAAGUUGCAGUAAAAAAAGUAUGGAUAGACUAGAGAAAAAUAUAGUGUUCGUAAGGUUUUCGCACUGCAUAAACCCAUAAACUACGCAAAAAGAGAGCAAGAAAAACCUCUAUUGCUCAAGCUGACUCUAAGGUCACGUUCCACACUAUCACAAGCUCAAUCCGCCGCUUGUCACGAGCUGUUAGUCGUGUUUGGCCUGUUAACACUUAAUUCAAAUCGCACUAAUCACAAACCGCGUAAGAAACUAGCCAAUCAAAAACGUCGACAUAUGUCCUUCCGACUCUGCGGGGCUCGAACACAAUAUUGUGCACUAAUUCGCAGACGCUGUAUACAGAAGGUUUAGAGCGUCUGCGAGGCAGGUAAUAAACAAAGAAAGCGGCAGGAAAUAGAACUUGCAAAAUUACGUUACGUUUCAGUCAUUUUAAGUCACUUGGGAGUAAGCGCUUAUUAUUUUGACAACAUGAGUCAACCAACGAAAACUUUUCUUAGUUUUUUCAUCGGCGUUAAAAAUAACUAAAUAAGUUGUCCAACAGGUUACGUAGACAACCUAAAAAUAGUACGUCACAUGAUCUUAAUGACAUGCCAACACAUGACGUCAUCGCGUUAAUUUAUUCCCCCUCAAAAUAAUUAGAUUACCCCUCAAAAAGAAUAGGAAUAGGUAGCAACCUUGCUUAAUGAAUAAUAUAUAAAUAUUUGCCUCGUUAUUUGCAGGUAUGAAAUGAUGUGUUUAUGUUGGAAAGAAAAUCCUUUGAUGAGACCCACAUUUGCUGAUAUCACUAAGCAAUUCCCAUAUUAUUUACAAAGAUAUAAG